AUUGAACGUCUCCCCUACGUCACACACUGAGUGGCCCGGGCUUGUGACCAUGGUUACCCCUAAACUAAAAGUUGUGAUUUAUUUAUUGUGUCUCGGUUGAGGAUUAUUUACCGGGUUAAAACAACAUGGCCUUUUUCGGUCUAACGAACCUCGGUUAUCAAAACCCAAUAGGCGAUAACAUGCUUGUUAAUCCCAGAGGAGCGUCUCUCCCUCCGGAUGUUGGGAUUAACAACAAAAAAGGACUGGAUUCAUCGCUUCAAGAAAAGCAGGAACCCUUGAGAUGUACAGAAACAUGCAACUUUUACCACCAGCCUGCUCCCAACAGCUCUGAGAUACACCACGGAAGCCAUGAGCGAUACAAGGAGAUGGUGAAACGGCUCCAUACACCUAGAGCCCCCAACGAGCUGUACAUCAUGCCCCUGACGGACAGUCAGCAGUAUGGAUGGAAGUCAUCAGAGAGUUUGGAACCAUGGGCCAAAAUCAAACGGUUUCCUCGAAAGUACAGUGACAUGACAAAGUUUGUGAAAGAAAUGUCGAUGAAAAAUCCAGAUUUCCGUCUGUUCUGAUGGCGCUGCAUUCAGACCACACAUUAACACACCAGGAGGAACUUCUGUUUCUCAGUUUGUUUUUAAGAUUAAACGGAAACUGAUCCACUUCUUGGAAAAA